CGGGCGUCCCAGGAGGCGGACUCGCUGAGCGUGAAGGUGGGUGGCGACACCGAGGAACCGAAAUCGCAGGACCCCACCGACAACAAUCGCAUCAAGUCCACCAAGUACACGCUCAUCACGUUUCUGCCGCUCAACCUGUUCGAGCAGUUCCGGCGCAUCGCCAACCUGUACUUCCUGUUCAUGACCGUGAUCUCGAUCGUAAUCGAUAGUCCCGUGUCCCCGCUGACGUCGCUGGUCCCGCUCGUGUUUGUGAUCGCGGUGACGGCCGCCAAACAGGGCUACGAAAACUUUCUACGCUACCGGGCGGACAACGUGGUCAACUUUUCGCCCGUCACGGUGAUCCGCGGCGGGAAGGAGUGCGAGAUCCGCUGCCAGGACAUUCGGCGCGGGGACAUCGUGCAGAUGGCGCGCGACUGUGACAUUCCGUGCGACGUGAUACUGUUGCAGAGCUCGGACGAAAACGGGCGCUGCUACGUGACGACGGCGAACCUGGACGGGGAAACGAACCUGAAAACGAUGAGCGUACCGAAGGGGGUGCCCGAGGUGCCGGCCGAGCGGCUCCACACGAUCGGGCGCAUCGAGUACGAGCCGUCGAACACGAACCUGUACUGCUUUAACGGGCGCAUCGAGCUGGCCGACGGCUACGUGGCCGACGGGCACCACAGCGUGCUGCCGCUGAUGGCGGAAAAUCUGGUCCUGCGCGGUUCGCGCAUCAAGAACACGGAGUGGGCGCUCGGGUGUGCCGUUUACACCGGCCAGAAGACGAAGCUGGCGAUGAACAGCAAGCUGACGACGAGCAAGAUGAGCUCGAGCGAGCGCUUCAUCAACAAGUAUCUGGUGUUCUUUCUCGUGAUGCUGGUCGCGAUCGUGACCGUGAGCUACUUCCUCAAGCGCUACAACGACCGGUACCACCAGGAGCACAAUCAGUACCUGGGCGAGAUGCUGGCCAACUACCGGGUGGCCCAGUUUCUGCAGGACUUCUUCUCGUUCCUCAUCCUGUUCAACUACCUCAUCCCGAUCUCGCUGUACGUGACGAUCGAGAUGGCCAAGUUUAUCGGCGGGUUCUUCCUCGAGUGGGAUCUCGAUCUGUACGACGCGGAAACGGACCAGCCGUGCAUCGUCAACACGUCCGACAUCAACGAGGAGCUCGGCCAGGUGUCGAUACUAUUCUCCGACAAAACGGGCACGCUCACCAAGAACGUGAUGAUCUUCCAGCGGUGCUCGGUGGACGGGUGCAUGUUCGAACGGCGCGGCCGACGGUUGUGUGUGCCCGGCCGAGCCCAGUCGGUGCGUGGACGGAAAAUUAACGAGCUACCGGUUCAGGUGUACGACUUCUUCCAGGCGUUGGCCGUUUGCCACACGGUGCAGGUGGCGGGCUGCUACGCAGACGAGGGUGACGACGAGCCGGACGUACCGAGCCGGGGGCCAAUGGACGGAGCGGAGCCGACAAACAAUGGGCGACCGUCACCAGCGGAACGGCCUGCUACACUGCGUGUGCCGUCCAUUUCGGUGGCAGACUACGUCAACACGGCGGCCGACACGGUCGAUAACGUGGCACGGUCCGCGCCGGGCGAUAGACGGCCACUGUCGGCGGUGUUCGAGGGCAUCAAUCGAGUCUUCCCAGGCGACUUGCUGGAACCGGGUGCUGCUGCUGCUGCCGGUGUCAGGCCGAAGAAUCUGUCGCGUCCGGUCAGUUUUGCCGAGCUGCCCGUUGCGCCCGAAACACCGUUCAUACUGCUGAACAACGCUGCAUACGGCAGCAGCAGCGGCGGCGAUCUGCGAGCGGCGGAUCUGCACCGGCUGGAGCUGAAACGCGCGACCUCGGCGUACGACGAGAAGGUGCCGCGCGGUAGUCCGGCUCUCGCCCACCGGCGCACCCGGUCGUCCGUUUCGGUGGACGUCCACCGGGCAAAGGCUGGGGCGGCGGCCCCGGAACCACCGCUCGCCCCACGGACACUCGUGACGCUGCGCCGGAAUCGCUCGUCGGCGCGUGAAUCGUACGCCGCACCGGUGUACACCGAGAGCACCCGUCUGCAGCGGCAGGAGUCGCAGCUGAAGCAGAAGGAGGUGGACAGUUUCAUUGGGCGGAUGGACUAUCAGGCGUCCAGUCCGGACGAGAAGGCACUGGUGGAAGCGUGCGCCCGGAUGGGCAUCGUGUACACCGGGGACGUUGGCGAUCGGAUGAACCUGACGCUGCGCGCCUCCUGCGUCCGGCGGAACGUGAUGUCGCGCAUGGGCGAGCCGUCCGUGGAGGAGCACGUCCAGUACGAGCGGCUGUGCGUGCUGGAGUUCACCUCCGACCGCAAGCGCAUGAGUGUGAUCGUGCGCGAUCAGUACGGGCAGAUCUGGCUGAUCACGAAGGGUGCCGAAAGCCACGUGCUCCCGCUCUGUUCAGCGGCCUCGCUGAUCAAAACGACCCAACGGCACAUCAACGAGUUCGCGAAGCUCGGACUGCGCACCCUGGCGAUUGCCCGGCGCCGGCUGACGGCCGACGAGUACCGGCGGUUCAGUGAUGAGCUGCUCGAGGCGAGCAGCUCGCUGGUCGACCGGCAGAAGAAGAUCGAGGAAUGCCAGCGGAAGAUCGAGAUGGAGUUGGAGCUGCUCGGAGCGACCGCCGUCGAGGACGCGCUGCAGGAUCACGUCCGCGAUACGCUCAUUUCGCUGGGCGAGGCCGGCAUCAAGGUGUGGGUGCUGACGGGCGACAAGGUGGAGACGGCGUUCAACAUUGCGCUCAGCUGUGGCCACAUCCCGGAGGACUCGCUGCGGUACUUCAUCACCGACAGUGAAUCGGUCGAGAACGUCCAGCGGCACCUGGACACGCUGGCGCUGGAGAUGUUCCAGCAUCCGGGUCGUCCGUUCGCGCUCCUCAUCGAUGGCACCAGUCUGGCGCUGGCGCUCGAGUCGCUGCGGGAGCAGUUCCGGGACGUUAGCUACCGGUGCCACGCCGUGCUGUGCUGCCGGCUGAGUCCGCUGCAGAAGAGCGAGGUGGUGGCGUUGAUGAAGACGGCCGAGGGCUCGCCGGUGACGGCGGCCAUCGGGGACGGGGCGAACGAUGUGUCGAUGAUCCAGGAGGCACACGUCGGCAUCGGGAUCGUGGGCCGCGAGGGGCGCCAGGCCGCCCGGUGCGCGGACUAUGCGUUCGCCAACUUCCACAUGCUCAAGAAGCUGCUGCUCGUGCACGGGCACUAUUCCAGCAUCCGGCUGACGAUACUGGUGAUGUACUUUUUUUACAAAAACCUCGUCUUCAUGGGCAUCCAGCUGUACUUCCAGAUACACAGCAUGUUCUCCAACCAGUCGGUGUACGAUUCGAUCUACCUGACGCUGUACAACGUCAUGUACACCUCCUUCCCGGUGCUGGUGCUGGGGCUCACGGAAAAACCGCACGACGAGGAGACGCUAAUGAGAAACCCACGGUUGUACCAGGAGGUGGCCGGCAAUCGGCAGUACGCUUGGAAGUACUUUAUCGGUUGGAUCGUACUGGCCAUCUACCACUUUUCGAUCAUCUACUUCUUCGCGUACGCCGUUUGGGGCAUUAACCCGGCGAUUUACACGUACUGGGCCUCAACCGCCAGCUUCGCGUGCUACGGUACGGUGUUGAUACACAACCUGGCGUGGCUGGUCAACCUGAAGCUGUUGCUCGCGGCCAUCUACAAGUCGGCCAUCUUCAUCGCCAGCAUCCUGCUGUCGAUAUUCGCCUUCAUGUGUUCCACUUUCAUCUACAAUCUCCUGCACAUCAACUACGACGGCUCGAUGCUUCACGUCUACAACAACCUACUGGGCUCGUUGACGUUCUGGCUGCUGAGCGUUAUCAUACUGAUCGCGGCCUUCCUCCCGGACAUGACGAUGCUGGCCUGCAAAGCGAUUGACAUCAAGCUUGGGCACAUUUUCCCGGGUGGUGCCAAGUAUCGGCGGGCGCUGUUUCAGCGCCGGACCGGCCAGAUCGAGAGCACGGUCCUGUGA